UAAAUUCUUUUGAAAGUUCACAAAUUCUUAGAGGAAUGUUUUAUCGCGAAACUGUUCCCAAAUUGAGCUGCAAAUGCAUACCCUACUUGGCAUGCAAUUUUUAAAGCAUCCCAAACAUAUAUUUAUAUAUUAAGCCGCCACUAGUAUGAUCGCUGCCCAGAUCUUAGCCCGCACCCAUGUCCUCCCAUUUGCUGCGUUGUUAGCCGCCCCCACAGAAAAAGGCGCCAGUUCAACUGCUUCCGUUCCUAGUUCUUACCACCAAGAAGUCGAUUUCCCUGUUCCCUUCCUCCAAUUCCAAAUCUCUCCUCCCUCCAGCUCUUGCUGUUCGCGUUGACUCCAAUCCCCGGCGCCUUGGAUCAGCUCUAGGACACUAGCGCGCCUUGUCGCCGCCGAAUCUUGCGCACAUUUCGCGUUCUUGUUGGUUCUCGGAGUGGUUUGGAUCCAAGAACUGGCGGGGUUCUUGGAUCUCCUCCAGCAAUGGCGGCGCUGGUGGAGCUGUUCCUGGGUUCCUCGUCGGCGCCGGUCGACUGGGAGGCCGAGGCCUACCCGGCGUACGGGGACUUCGCCGUGCUCCCCUUCCUCGUCGCCUUCUUCCCUGCCAUCCGAUUCCUCCUCGACCGCCUCGUCUUCGAGGUAUUGGCUAGAAGACUUGCACUUGGAAGGGGAUAUGACAAGCUUGCUGAAACUGAUGAAAGUAGAAAGAAAAUCAAUAAAUUUAAGGAAUCAGCAUGGAAGUUUGUUUAUUUUCUUUCUGGGGAGCUACUUUCGUUGUCUGUAACAUACAAUGAGCCAUGGUUUAAGAACACCAGAUACUUUUGGGAAGGGCCUAACGAGCAGAUCUGGCCUGAUCAAAAGAUAAAACUGAAGCUUAAAGCUGUAUACAUGUAUGCUGCUGGAUUUUACACAUAUUCCAUCUUUGCUCUUCUGUUCUGGGAAACAAGACGUUCAGACUUUGGAGUCUCGAUGUCUCACCAUGUAGCAACAGUCAUUCUGAUUGUUCUGUCCUAUAUUUUCAGAUUUUCUCGUGUUGGUUCAGUUGUUUUAGCCCUUCAUGAUGCAAGUGAUAUAUUCCUAGAGAUUGGGAAGAUGGCCAAGUACAGCAGCUGCGAAUGGCUAGCUGUUGUGGCAUUUCUUCUUUUUGUUCUGUCAUGGAUACUUCUCCGUCUCAUAAUUUUCCCUUUCUGGAUCCUAAGAAGCACAAGCUAUGAAGUGCUGCUGACCCUGGACAAGGAGAAGCAUCGAUUUGACGGCCCCAUAUACUACUAUGUUUUCAACAGUCUUCUGUUCUCACUCCUAGUUCUUCACAUAUAUUGGUGGGUACUGAUUUACCGGAUGCUAGUCAGACAAAUCGAAUCCAAAGGCUGUGUUGGUGAUGAUGUUCGAUCUGAUUCUGAAGGCGAAGAUGAGCAUGAAGAUUAAUCUGUAGGUUGCAAGUUUAACAGAAGAACUAUAUUCUGCGUCCCCUGAAAGAAGAUGCACCAUCUGAACACUUUUUUCUCAUCCAGAAGAUACGAAGAUAUUAGAUUUGAUUAGAACAGAUCAUUCUUUCAGCGUCAAAGAUGACAAUCAUGAUCUGCGAGUUGCUACUGAGGCUGCUUGCGUCUCAUAUGCUUCCAUGAAACAAAAGUGAUUUGUAUUGUCCUUAAAUCAUUUGUAAAAAGAUCAGAAGAAUCGUUUGUUCAUUCAUUCUUGUAACUGUGCAGACAAUUAUUUGAUUCAAAAUCAUGUAAUUUGAUACGGCAACUCAGUUGAUUGCUU